CGAUGUAUUUGUUGAACCAAACCAGUGCAGGUCACUAGUAAUACUACUAGAGAUAUUAGAGAUCGUUUUCGAGAAUUACGUCAGGGCAUGCAAAAUGAUGAUGAUGAAAAUCCGGGAAAUACAUUAACACCUGAUUCUCAGAAUAGUUCCACAGAUGGAGUUUAUACUCGCCCAACGCAUCCAUUUAAGGUAGUGGAAAAUGACACAAUGAGUGUUCAAAGUAUAACAUCUUUAGGUCGUGUUGGACGUAUAUUGGCUGGUAGUAUUGAUCCAUCAGCCAUGAGUAUUGAUCGUGAAUAUUUUGCUAAUACAAAUAGUCAACAACAACAAUUGCAACAACAACAACAGCAUCAGCAACAAAUACAACAGCAACUACAGUUACAACAACAACAGCAAUUUUUACAACAGACACAGUCAUCAUCAACAUCGUCACCAGCAGCUGCAGUCGCAGCUGUAUCGGCAAAUGCGUUUGCUAAUAUAAAGUCAUCAAGUGUACCGUCUAGUCUUACCGAAUCGAAUAGCGGUAAAUCUUUACAACAAUCCGCUAUUGGUGUUGGUGGUAUAAGUAAUAUGAAUCAAGUGCCAUUUGAAAAUCAAGUUAUGUUACAAGAACCAGAUGUUAUAGCCAGCACCAAGUUAGCCCAUUCGAAGACAACCGAUUCGAUAACAUCUAGUGGACCGAUUGCACCCCCUCGACGCAAGAAAAAAGACACGAAAAAGGUUCAACUAGUUCAUCUGAGCAGUUUUUAUAUGAAUGAAGGCAUGCGUUUGCCCGCCGCCGACACGGACACAGAUAGUGAUACAAAAUCCGUCAAGAGUGUACGUGAUGUUCAACAGAAACUAAGUGAUGAUUUGGUUAAAGAAAUUGAGAAAAGCUGGAAUGAGACCAGUUCUUUGCAAAAUGCACGUAUGGCACGUUGCAGUCUUGAUGGCGGUGGCAGUAUUACGACUUCGGCGAAUACGGCCUUGUCUCUUGGCGGAUUUAGUAGUAUUAGUGCCUUAGGCGGUAAUGUUUCCUCUGUCUGCUCUUCAGUACACGCUUCUAGCAAUACAAUUGUUUCAGCGUCGGGCACUUCAUUAAGUCAAAUGUCUGCUAGUAAAACACGUCCUGUCACUACGGCUGCUGUGGGCGGUUCGAUAAAUCGCAUGUCACAUUCUUUGGGUAAUAGUUCCACUUCGGUGUACUCCAAACCGAGUCCAUCGAAUUCGGCCAAAAGUAAUUCCGCUCCUGGUCGUGUCAGUUCCAUUGACCCUUCACAAAGUUUAAAUCUUUAUAAAGCCACCCAAGGUGGUUAUGUGGUUAAACCACGCGAUGAAGCAUCUAAUAAAGCUGAAGGACCCUCACAAGAGGAAAUUGAACGUAUUGAGCGUAUAUUAAAUGAAAAUAUUCAAAGACCUAAAUUGGCUGGUACGGGUUCAAAUAGUUUAGGAAGUGCCACCAGCAAUCUAGUUGAUGUUUUUAUUGUCUAUAAAUUGACAACUUUAGUAAAUAGACCUUGGAUUUUAAAAAUCAAAUAUCCAUCUCUAAUAUAUCGCAGUAGCAGUGAUAAGGAACGACGUAAAUCUGCGGGGGAUGAAGAUGUUUUAAAGCAAAUGAAUAUUGAUGUGCGCAUACGUACGAACUCGGGCAAACAGUUGACAGAUUUCGAAAUACUAGAACAAGUGCCGGUUAAAAAUUUAGAAACUGGUGAAACAAUGCCAUUAUCCGAGGUACGGCCACCGCCAGUACCAGAAGGUUGGAACCCCCUGUCACUGCAUAUACUUAAGUUAACAUCACAUUUGGAAGUUAUACAAAAGGAAUCGGACGAUGAAAGUGUUAUUGGUAUACCGCCCAGUAGUGAGGGUCAGCCACAGGAUGAGGAAGAGGGGGAGGCUGAGGACGGCAGUCGUUUGAAAAAGAAAACGGCCAAAAUUAAACGUUUCUUCGGUUCAACUAUGCGCAAGACCGUUGAUAAAGCCAAAUCGCUGGCAUCAGAGGUAUCACAUGCUCGUCACAAAGAAGAUGUGGCUGAUAUAGUUGAUGUUAUGAAUCCAGAACAGAACAUAAAAAUUAAAGCCUCUUCUACCAACAAGGGUCCUUACGAAUUUACCAAGUUGCAGCAUGUACAAGAUUUGUCUGGAGAACAUACCGGGGCUGUUUGGUGUAUGAAAUUUAGUUCAUGUGGCCGUUUAUUAGCCACCGCUGGUCAAGAUAAAGUUUUGCGUAUUUGGGUUCUUAAAGAUGCCUAUCCAUUUUUCCAAGAUAUGCGUACUAAAUAUAAUGCUGAUCAAAAAUCCUCACCAACGCCUUCACAAGAAUCCUUGGUAUCACAGCAUUCUGCCGAGGAGGCUAUAGCUAUGGCAACAGCGGCUGAAAAAUGUACUGGACCUUUUAUGCCGAAAUCCUUUUGCACUUACAUCGGUCACACCUCCGAUUUACUGGAUGUGUCCUGGUCGAAAAACUACUUUAUACUCUCAAGUUCCAUGGAUAAAACAGUACGUUUAUGGCAUAUUUCACGUAAGGAGUGUCUUUGCUGUUUCCAGCAUAUUGACUUUGUAACGGCCAUUGCAUUUCAUCCUCGUGACGAUCGUUACUUCCUCAGCGGCAGUUUAGAUGGUAAACUACGUUUAUGGAAUAUACCCGAUAAAAAGGUGGCCUUAUGGAAUGAAGUCGACGGUCAAACGAAACUAAUAACAGCGGCAAACUUUUGUCAAAACGGUCAAUUUGCUGUAGUGGGUUCCUAUGAUGGUCGUUGUAUUUUCUACAAUACCGAUCAAUUGAAAUAUCAUACUCAGAUACAUGUACGCUCGACACGUGGUAAAAAUCGCAUUGGACGCAAGAUCAGUGGCAUUGAGCCCAUGCCGGGUGAAGAUAAAAUCUUGGUUACAUCUAACGAUAGUCGUGUGCGUUUAUACGAUUUGAGAGAUUUGAAUUUGUCCUGCAAAUAUAAAGGUUAUCUAAAUGCUUCAUCGCAAAUUAAGGCAUCUUUCAGUCAUGAUGGCAAAUAUAUUAUAGCGGGUUCAGAAAAUCAAUGUAUUUAUAUAUGGAAAACAAAUCAUGAUUAUUCAAAAUUAAGUUCGGUACGUCGUGAUAGAAGUGAUUUUUGGGAGGGAAUUAAAGCCCAUAACGCUACAGUUACUUGUGCAAUAUUUGCUCCACAUCCUGAGGCCAUUAUUAAGCCCGAACCUGAUGAAAUUUCACAUGAAAAACAAACAAAUAAUCAACCAGAUCCCUUGGUAGAACAACAUAAAAAAGGUUGCGGUUAUGUCAUGGUCAGUGCCGAUUUUAAUGGAGCCAUAAAAGUGUUUAUCAAUAAAACAAAACCUAAACACAGCAGUCUACCUUAUACUGCAAUAGCCGAUUAAAUUAUAAUUAUAUAAUAAUAAUAAUAUUAAUAAAACUAAUAAUAAUGUUAUAUUCUAAAUUGUAUGCGAUAUACAAACAUA